AUGUCCCCAAGGCCUGCAAAAAGAGUAAUUGCUACCAAACAUACCUUAGACAGUUUCAAAGGCUUCCUUCACUUCGAUUUAUCUGCAGUGAGAAUUACUUCUCCGACAUGUGAAGGUGUGGAAUGUUUGGAUUUCUUGGUUUUACAACUUCUUUUCGUUUCUUACCAGUCUUUUAACCAUUUGCAUGUUUCGACUAACUCAAAUCCUUCUUUAGCUGUCGAAAGGAAGGUGUUGAAGAAAGAAAAACCUGUGGCGAAGGCUAGUUCGACUACUGCUUCCAAGCCAACUACCUCUUCGAGCCAGGGAGUGCCUUCUGGUGCCGCUCCAGAAAAAACGAAGAAGGGUUCAAAGGGUAGUGGCAAGUCUCCCUUGACACCCAAGAAAAGAAAAACUCCUCCUACUAAUGUCAUUCUUGUCGAAGAUGAUGAAGAGGAUACUCCUCCUACUCCACUCAAGAAGAAACAGAAGAAACGUAAGGCCACAGUUGCCCCUUUCCAACCAAAUCAACAACAGGGUGUCGAAACCACCACUCUCCCUCCUCUUCCAAAGAAAACUCCAUCCCAACCUUCUAGUGCUGCAAAGCUGGAGCGUAUUGGGAGCAAUGCCUCCGAUCCAGAGGUUCAACAGGACAAAGCCACCACUCCCCUCAUUUCUACUGACAAUCAAAGCGAUCCUUCGAGCGACAUGAAUCCAUCUCCUCCUCCGACAGUCAGCGGUGCUAUCCGAAACAAAGGCUUUUCGACUAGGGCUCACAAUCUUAAAGAAGAUAACGCUCAGAACGAAGAAGAAACCUCUUCCCCUGGUGAAGAUGGUAAAAGGGAUUCAAAGCGCGUUGACGAGAAGGACUCAACAGGGAAAGAAAACUCUGAGAGUACUCCUAGUGAUUCUCCUACCAGGGUUGUGUUCCCUUCAAAUGAUGCUGAUGAGGACGAUCAGGAUUCAGAUGAAAUUGAGGGGUAUUUUCGAGAAGAUGAAGACAUAAAUAUGGGAGAAACUGAUGCUGAGGGGAAUCAAACUGGAACUAGUAAUGCCAGCGUCGAUACCGUCUCAAAUCCCACUAAAGUUCGACCAUCCAUCACCCAAACUUCACCCACAUCACUUACUGAGGAAGAGAAAAGAUCUUUAAAACAAAUGAUCCCCUUAAGUAUGUGA